AUGUCAAGUCAACUAUGCUUCGGGAGCCUUUGGUGUGUCGACAAAACGCAGCGACAGAGAGCACACGCCAAGGUGGCGAAUAGCACUUGUCAGAGACAAAUCGAGGCUGAAGGCAGGGAAGCUGCGAUUAUUGUCCGGCUUCCGAAUAAUCGACAAUUACUGGUAAUUUUCUUCCUUGAACCAGAGAAGCAGAAUGAUCCUGGCUCGGAGUAUGGGUCGGCUAUUGUGCAGCAAACUCCCACAAUUUCACAAGGCAAACCAUCACCUAAUCGGCCAUCUGUUUUGACACAUCACAUCCCACCCGCUCACCUUCAACCAUAUCAUAUCACCAAACUCCCGUAUUCGUCUCGGGCCAUUUCCAACCAGCUGACGCCCAGCCCGCUACUUCGGGCCGUCUUUAUGAGUAUUCUCGCUUUAGCCGCCGCCUCUCUUCGUGUCUUCGUCACUCAACCUGAAUCGACCACCACCACCACCAUCACCGCUAUUCCUACUUCUUACUCCGUAUCCUUCAUCCGAUCAUUAGAUACGUUGUGUUGGCUAACCUCCAUCCCAUCGCAUCAGUUCAUAUCAAAAGUCCAAGUCCAUGUUCCAGCAAACACUCCAGGAAGACUACCCAGAAACACACACCCUCUAAACGAUGAAAGUGCAUCCAUUCGUACCACCCGUGGACUGAAACCCUCGUGGCAAUUUGACCACCUUCCAUUGGCCACUGAUAGCAAAACUGCAUCUGCGCAAUCUUUCCCGCUGGAGAAAAACGACUCCCCUAUCAGGCCACAGGACAACCCCCUUGCUGGCGUCAUUCUUCAACGAUGGCUAAAUAUCAACACGCCCAAAAAUACCACCGAGACUUUGAUUCUCUUUCGCGUCGAUCGACAAUGA